AUGGAUCAUACGGAAAUUCCGGUGAUCGAAAUUGAUGAGCCGCUUUUCGAUGUCCUUCCCAAGCUGUUCAACUUCAUUAGCAUGGCCGUGGGUGAAAUGGCUUACACGUUUGAGCAAAUGCUGUACGGUUCCCAAGGACACCGGCUUAGACAACUGGUUCACGCUUUGGCAGAGGAUACUCACAAUCCUUUUAUCAUCGUGGCAUUGAUGAUUCUGAAAUGGGACUUCACCACUGCUACCGAGGAUGACUGGGGACUCAAUGAGAGUCGUGGCGCAGCCUGCGAAUUUGUUGCCUGGCAAUUUCUGUGUCACUUGAACCAGCGCGAGACAAUUGAGUUUCUAUUAGAAGAGCUACCAUCACCGCGACGUGGUUCGGCAAAUAUCAUUGAAUCCGAAGCGAGUAACCCUGGCCUGGCAUCUACCCAAGGUGAUACAAGCUAUGAAGAGACUUCUCCUCUCUUGCCGAACUCCUCUUUUUACCGUCUUUUUGGGGGCAAGAGGGUGGAGACUCAGUCACCUGGAACCUCACAAGAUACAAACCGACACGAGGCCUAUGCUGCCCAGCGAUACUCCCAAUUUUUCGGAUUGAAUGCACUGGAGAUUGCAACGAUUGCCCAUGCAAAAAGGUUUUUGAGCCAACGAGUUGUUCAAAGGGUGGUCGAUGGUAUUUGGAAGGGUGAAAUCGUUUUCUGGGAUUCUCUGACAGUCAAUUCAACCAAAAAACCUCAUAUUUUCAACAGAAGAACGGCUGACCCAUAUUCACGCCUGAGAGUACCUCUGUACCGGAAAGUCUUUGAAGCAGCAUUCUUCAUGUCGUUCCUCUUUCUCUAUUACGCAGUCCUCGUAGAGAGGAGACAAGAGGCCGUUGGCCUCUUUGAGGCGGUGAUGUAUGUAUGGAUCGUCGCUUUUGCGUACGAUGAAUUGAGUGGAAUCAUUGAUGCCGGUGUCGUUUUCUACCAAAUGGGGUUCUGGAGUCUCUGGAACCUGAGCAUAAUUGGUGUUGGAAUGGCCUUUGUCAUAACAAGUCAUCUUGUCAAUAGUGCGACUAAUGAGGACGCCACAGGGGUCAUCGGGCUAGCGAAGGGCGACAAACCCAUUAUUGAGCUCUCAUUCGACAUCCUAUCCCUUGAGGCUCUAUUUCUUGUCCCGAGGAUCUGCUCCCUUGUGAGCUUGAAUUCAUACUUCGGUAGUCUAAUACCGGUAUUAAAAGAGAUGACGAAAGCAUUCUUCAGGUUUUUCCCUGUGGUAGUAGUAUUGUAUAUUGGGUUCUUGACCACAUUUACCAUGCUUGCUCGUGACCGCUUAUCACUCAGUACAAUGUCACAUUUAUUAGUGAAGGUGUUCUUUGGAUCGAGUGUUCUUGGAUUAGACACCGCGUCUGAAAUCUCCCCCAUCUUCGGCUAUGGCUUGAUGCUUACUUUCGCAUUAAUGACCAAUACUCUCAUUCUCUCAUCCUUGAUUAGUUUGAUGAGUAUGAGUCUUGAAGGGGUGAUGCGCCAUGCCCGAGAAGAAUAUCUUUUCCAAUUGGCCAUUUAUGUCCUAGAAAGCAGCAAUUCUCGACGACUGACAUACUUCAUGCCACCUCUGAAUCUUAUUCCUCUGCUCUGUAUCCGCCCCAUGCGGCUUUUUCUCUCUGCUGGAACAGUUCGCCGCGUACGCAUUGUCUUACUUCGAGCCACCCACCUCCCGUUUGUCGCAUUGAUAUGGGCAUAUGAGUCUAAAUGGCGACACUCAAAACACAGUCUUUCGGCACGCGGUCAAGGUACUUCUACAAACCCUCCCAGGAGCCAGGACCCACACUCCGUAGUUGAAACAAAUCGGCUAGGCCCUGGAAAACCCAAUGUGGAUCAACAAGCCGCGCGUGAGCUAGGCAUGGGCCAAGUACAGCUUGCGGACCUGAUCGACACAAUAGAACGACUACGAACUCAAGUGGAGGCAAUUUCGAAGUGA